AUGAUUAAUUAAAAUAAUUCUAAGACUCACGUAUCAGUUAAUAUUAGUCAAACUAACAGGAGAGUUUAAUAAUUUGUUAAUAAAGAUUUAAAAAGAAUUUCAAGAAAGAAAAAGAAUUCGAAUCCAAAAUUUCUUAAUCCAACAGACAUCUCAAAGACUUUUUCAUCAUAAGAAUCAUUUGUUAAAGAAGAAAUUUAUGAUGACAACAAAACGAUUAAUUAAAUAAUUGAGGAAACCUAUUAAUUAAAAAGAAAAGAAUUUGACUAAACUUCCUCUUUGAAUAGCAGUAAAAUUUUACCCAUUGUAUAAACUUCAGAAAAAUUAGAAAAAUCAACACAAGAAAAUUAGUCUCAGUUUAAAAAAAGGACAAGCAUAAGCAAGAUCCAUUUAACACAAAAUGACGAUUCUAUUUUAAGCGAUACUAGUCAUUAAUUAAAACCUCUUUCUUGUGUAAAACGCAAUUAACCUAAAAUUAAAUUAAAACAUAAUGAUUAUUCAUAACACUCUCCGAAUAAGAAUUUCUAAAGUAAAUUACUUAAAACUAACUUAAAAAAUUAAAACUAUGAAUAAACUUUGAGAUUUCCCUUAAUUUUGCAAUAACCAUAAAGGCCUUUGCCCAAAUGUGAAAAAACAAAAUCUAAGGAGUGUUUCUCUAAAUUAAAUGAUCAAUUCGAAAAAAUGAAAAAUGAUUAAGUAUUGGAACCAUUCAUAAAGAAAUAAAAUUUAAAAGUGAAUUUAAUGACUCCGUUAGUCAUUCGAAAUGAUAAACCAUAUUUCGUUUGCGAAAAUAUAGAUUAUAAAAAUCUAAUUGAUAAUAUGAAAAAUGAGAAUACAAAUUCUUACAAAGAUGAGUAUUUAAUAGUUAGUUGCGAUAAAAUCUUAGAGUAUAUAUGA